AUGGGUUUGAAAAAAUGGAUGGCUGUCGUGAAAUCCGACCAGAAUGGGACUAACUUUUCGUCAAGGAAGCAGGACAGAAAGAAGGCGAAACGCCUGAGGAAGCUGCAGAGUGUUGCUUGUGCUCGACAUCAACCCAUUGAAAAGAUUAUGGAAGAAGCUUUCAAAAGCAAAAAGAUGAGUAAAAAACGAAAGAGGAAAUUACGAAAAAUGGAGGCUGAGAUGCUGGAAAGCGAAAAGCAGCAGCACGAAGAAGAAGAGCCUUUAUCAAAACGACGUCGUAAACGUGAUGAUGACUCGUCAGAAUCAGAUUCAGAUGCUGAACUCACUUAUGAGCAAUACCUCAAGGAAGUACAGGAGAAGAAGCAUAAGAUCGCAGUGGAAGGUGAUGACGACAGGCAGGAUGAUAUUGACAUUCAUCGGUAUUCAAAACUCUUGGGCAUCAAAGAAGGGAAGAAGGCUAAGAAACCGAAGUCUUUCACCAAUGAUGGCUUAGAUUACUUGCUCGAUUUUUGUGAUAGCGACUCUCGUAAGCGAAUCCUGGCUUCAUCAACCGAUCAGGAAAUAAUAUUGAAAGGAGACGAUCUCGGUGAAGAGGAGGAGGUUGGAAGCGAAGAUGGUGAUGACGACAUUGAGAAUGACGAUGGCGCUGACCUUAGCGAACAGGGUCCGUCAGAGGAAGAGGAACCGGAUGACGACGUGGGAAACGAAGUGGAUGAAGACAGCGAUGACGAAGAAAACAAUGAG